AUGGCUGCCUGGCGGCUCCUUCUUCCUCCCCUCCCUUACCAGCCUGCACGCUUGCCUUCCGGCACUGCUGCUGCCGCUGCUGUUUAUACUGGCGCCACCGCUGCUGUUGCCUUAUGGGUGUGUGCAUGCAAGAGUCUCACUUGGUACGGUUGCCUCUGUGCCUUGCUGCUGUGCAACCGAUCCACCGUAUGGUGUAAAUGCGGCAGUAAAACGGCAGAAGAGCAACCGUAG